UUUAUUUUUAUAUUUAACAGACAUUUAUGGAGGAGAUGACACGCAAGCAACCUGAUGUGGACCGCGUCACCAAGACAUACAAAAGGAAGAAUAUAGAGCCUACCCAUGCUCCUUUCAUUGAGAAAUCCCGCAGUGGUAGCAGAAAAUCUUUGAGUCAUCCCACACCUCCUCCCAUGCCAAUCCUCUCACAAUCUGAAGCAAAAAACCCACGAAUCAAUCAGCUCUCUGCCCGCUGGCAACAAGUAUGGCUGUUAGCACUGGAGCGCCAGCGGAAGCUGAAUGAUGCUUUGGAUAGACUAGAGGAGUUGAAGGAAUUUGCCAACUUUGACUUUGAUGUCUGGAGGAAAAAGUAUAUGCGUUGGAUGAAUCACAAAAAGUCUCGAGUCAUGGAUUUCUUCCGCCGCAUUGACAAGGACCAAGAUGGGAAGAUAACACGUCAGGAGUUUAUCGAUGGAAUUUUAGCCUCCAAGUUCCCUACCACCAAGUUAGAGAUGACUGCUGUGGCUGACAUUUUUGACAGGGAUGGGGAUGGCUACAUUGACUACUAUGAAUUUGUGGCUGCUCUCCAUCCCAACAAGGAUGCUUAUCGACCAACAACUGAUGCAGAUAAAAUUGAAGAUGAGGUCACAAGACAAGUAGCUCAAUGCAAGUGUGCAAAAAGGUUUCAGGUGGAGCAGAUCGGAGAGAAUAAAUACCGGUUCUUCCUCGGCAAUCAGUUUGGGGAUUCUCAGCAGUUGCGGCUGGUCCGUAUUCUGCGCAGCACAGUGAUGGUCCGUGUUGGUGGAGGAUGGAUGGCCUUGGAUGAAUUUUUAGUGAAAAAUGAUCCCUGCAGAGCACGAGGUAGAACUAACAUUGAGCUGAGAGAGAAGUUCAUCCUACCAGAGGCAUCCCAAGAUGACCCCUUUCCGAUCACGGGUCGAAGAUCCAAACCAUCUUCGAGGGCAGCUUCUCCCACCCGCUCCAGUUCAAGUGCUAGUCAGAGUAACCACAGCUGUACAUCCAUGCCAUCUUCUCCAGCUACCCCAGCCAGUGGGACCAAGGUAGGUGCUAACCUCCUUCAUGACCUCUCCCUAUUCCCAUCUUGGCAGAUGUUCAUUGUUCAGGGUAGCCUCUGAAAGACUCCAGGCAAAGGAGGAACACAGAAACAACAGACCAACACCACCUAAACCAA